AUUCCGACGCCAAGAAGCUCCGCACCUGGAUUUCUAACCCCGUUCUUGGUGACUGCACGGGAGCACGCCAGGUGCUCCAGAGCCUGGACUUGGUCCCUGCCCAAGGAAGGCUUCCCUGUCAAAAAUCAUCUGCAAAAAUAGGACCUCGGACUGGUUGAAUGAAAACAUAAGCACAGAAGGGAGCCUUUAAGAGCGUCAACCAAGAACGUCUCCCUUGUGUAAUCUCUGAACACCGAGCUCUUCCAUUUAUGCAGAUGUUAACGGGGCUGCAGCGUUGUCAAAGAGACACUGGCAGAAAGAACAGGAACCUGUGCACUUCUGCAAACCCAAUGCCAAUGAGAGGUAGUUUUGGUCGAACAGUCGUGUUUCUCCUUACCCCGGCAUUGCCACCACCAGAAGGCCGCUCAGCCUCCGAUAGGAGACCCCAGCACCAUGCUCAGACGAUGCAGCCGCUGAAGGAAUUUCCCAGGUGGACACUGAGCCAAUGGUACUUUGUCCUCUUUCAACUGUUCCUGUUAUCCAAGCUUCCUGGGGCCGUGUGGUUUCCAAAAAGCCUGCCCUGCGACGUCACGACGGAUGCCCCGGCGGCUGCCCCUGAAACCGCGGUGGUCGUCAACUGUACCGAACGGCACCUGACCGAAAUCCCCCAGGGGAUUCCUGCCAACACCACCAACCUGACCCUCACCAUUAACCACAUACCGAACAUCGGCCCCGCAUCUUUCGCCGGCCUGGUCAACCUGGUGGAGAUUGAUUUCAGGUGCAACUGCAUCCCUGUCCGUCUCGGGGCCAAAGACCACAUGUGCAUCAAGAGCCUGGAGAUCGAGGACGGCAGCUUCGCCAGACUGACCCGCCUGAAGUCGCUGUACCUGGACGGAAAUCAGCUCCCUGAGAUCCCGCGGGGACUUCCUCCCAACUUGCGGUUACUGAGUCUCGAAGCCAACAGCAUCUUCUCCAUCUUGAAAGAGAACCUGACAGAACUAGCCAACAUUGAAAUCCUUUACCUGGGUCAGAACUGCUAUUAUCGCAAUCCUUGUAAUGUAUCAUUUUUCAUAGAUGCUGCUGCCUUUGAGGACAUGAGGAGUUUAACGGUGCUGUCCCUCAAAGCCAACAACUUGUCUGCCGUUCCCGCCGGUUUGCCAUCCAGCCUCAAGGAGCUCUACCUGUAUAAUAACAUCAUUCAAGUUGUGAAUAAAGCUGACUUUCAAGACCUCAAACAACUGCAAAUUCUCGAUCUGAGUGGCAACUGUCCACGCUGUUACAACGUCCCCUUCCUCUGUACUCCCUGCCCAAAUGACUCGUCCAUAAGGAUCGAUGCAAACGCUUUCGAUUCGCUGACUCAACUGAAAAUUUUACGCCUUCACAGCAAUUCCCUCUACCGCGUCCCCAAAAGCUGGUUUAAAAAUAUGAAGAACCUGGAGGCUCUUGAUCUCUCACAGAAUUUCCUCGCCAAAGAAAUGGGCGAGGCCAGAUUUUUACGCUUUCUUCCCAACCUCGUGGAACUGGAUCUGUCCUUCAAUUUUGAGCUGCGGGUCUACUCUGCCUUUCUGAACUUGUCUAAGGAGUUUUCUUCACUGAGAAAGCUCAAAGUUCUGAGGAUCAGGGGUUACGUCUUUCAGGAACUGAAAACCGAUCACCUCUCUCCUUUGCUCAGCCUCCCGCACCUUGAAGUCCUCGAUCUGGGCACCAACUUUAUCAAAGUGGCAGACCUGAGCGUGUUCAAAAAAUUCCGAGCCCUGAGGAGCUUAGAUCUCUCGGUGAAUAAAAUAUCACCCUCCUCGGGGGAAUCCAGGGAAAAUGGUUUCUGUUCCUUGCCCAAGGCUUCAGCAAACCAGCACAGUCACCAGCUCCUUCGGGAAAUACAUUACUUUAUGUACGAUGAAUUUGGGCGCAGUUGCAAGUUCAAAAACAAAGAGGAUCACUCUUUCCCACCUGCCAAUGAGGCCUGCCAAAAUUACGGGGAAUCCCUAGAUUUAAGCAAGAACAACAUCUUUUUCGUGAAUCCCACUGAUUUUCAGCAUCUCUCUUUCCUCAAGUGCCUCAAUCUGUCUGGAAAUGCCAUUAGCCAGACUCUCAAUGGCAGUGAAUUCCAACCCCUGACAGAAUUGAGAUAUCUGGACUUUUCCAACAAUCGGCUUGAUCUGCUCUACUCAACAGCUUUCCAGGAGCUUCAGAAACUGGAAGUCCUAGAUCUUAGUAGCAACAGCCACUACUUCCUGUCAGAAGGGCUCACUCACAUGCUCAACUUCACCAAAAACCUGCUGUACCUCAAGAAGCUGAUAAUGAAUGGGAACGAAAUCUCAACCUCAACCAGCAUGGUGAUGGAGAGUGAGUCGCUUGUAGCUUUGGAAUUCAGAGGAAAUCACCUAAAUGUAUUAUGGAGAGAUGGAGAUAGCAGAUAUUUGAAGUUCUUCAAGAACCUGACCCAUUUGGAGCAACUCGACAUUUCUGAAAACUUUCUGAGUUUCUUGCCUCCCGGCGUCUUUGAGGGAAUGCCCCCGAAUCUGAAGGACCUCAACUUGGCCAACAAUGGGCUCAAGAAAUUUAACUGGGGGAAUCUCCACUUUCUGAGGAAUCUAGAAACCCUGGAUCUUAGCUACAACUUGCUGACGACUACUCCUAGGGAACUGUCCAACUGCUCCAGAAGCCUCAGGAAACUUAUACUGAGGAAUAAUCAAAUCAAACACUUGACAACACACUUUCUCCGAGGUUCUCUGAAGCUGAGAUACCUGGACCUCAGCUACAAUAAGAUCAAGAUCAUUCAGCAGUCCAGCUUCCCCGAAAACAUCAUCAACAACCUAGAGAUGCUACUUCUGCAUCACAAUCCGUUUUUAUGCACCUGUGACGCAGUGUGGUUUGUCUGGUGGAUCAACCGGACACAAGUUACUAUUCCCUACCUUGCUACUGAGGUCAUCUGCGCAGGGCCCGGAGCCCACAGAGGACAGAGCAUAGUCUUACUCGAUCUCUACACCUGUGGGCUAGAUUCCAUCGAUGUGAUCCUCUACUACGUAUCGGUAUCGAUCACUCUCUGUCUGAUGAUCACCGCAGUUAUGAACCAUCUCUAUUUCUGGGACGUAUGGUACAGCUAUCACUUCUUCACCGCCAAACUCAGAGGAUAUCGCCGGCUGAUUACGCCAGACACUUGCUACGAUGCUUUCGUCGUCUACGACACUAAGGACCCGGCCACGGCGGAGUGGGUUUUGAGCGAGCUGGUGGCCAACUUGGAAGACCAAAGAGACAAGCAAUUCAAUUUAUGCCUAGAGGAGAGAGACUGGUUACCGGGGCAACCAGUGUUGGACAACCUUUCCCAGAGCAUACAGCUGAGUAAAAAAACUGUGUUUGUGAUGACAAACACCUUCAUGAAGUCAGAGAACUUCAAGACGGCAUUCUACUUGGCUCACCAGCGGCUCAUCGACGAGAAGGUCGAUGUGAUCAUCCUGAUAUUCCUGGAGAGGGUUUUACAGAACUCCAGGUAUCUCCAGCUCCGGAAGAGGCUUUGCGGCCGCUCUGUGCUCGAGUGGCCCGCCAACCCCCAGGCUCAGCCUUACUUCUGGCAGUGCCUGAGGAGCGCGCUCGCCACCGACAACAAGGCGGCCUAUGGGAAACUCUUCCGAGAGAUCGUGUAGUUUGCGUUUUGGCCAACUGCCACAGAGAAAAGCAUCAGUGUUCCUAAGGGCACGCUGAGACAGCAGUGCCCUAGGCCAGGAGCCCCUCAAACGUUGAGGGGACUCUCAGCAGUCCACCACCUGCUGGGAAAUCACCGAUACUUAGUGUCACCUGCUCAUGACGCCCAAGAAGUGGGCAGUUUACUUGUUUCCCUGGGCCCAAAGGGUGUGCUGCGUGCAGAAGGCCAUCCUGCUCUCUGCAACGCCAAUGAUUCAGACACUGGCCAGGCCAAGGCCCAAUUUGUUACCUAAUGAACUACACUACCUGCUUGUAGAUCCAGAUUUCAGGAAGAGUCUUGGCCACUGGAAACAGAAAGCAUCUCCAGGGCCUAGGCCUUUAGACACAGACCCACAUAAACACUCUUUUUCUCUUUCUUUCUCGCUCUCUGACUCUCUCUCUCUCACACACACAUACACAGAGUUGUACUUCAUACUCAAAGACAAAGCUGCUGCCAUAGGCACACACCCACACCUUAGUGCUCAUCCAGUCCCCGAGGUGAGGGGGUUGUCCCAGAACCCUGAACCGCACCCACCUGAUUGACAGCUCUGAAGGAAAUCUAGCCUGCUCACCUGUUGUCAGGCGGAGGAGUUUCAUGGCAAUUUCCAGAGUUCACAGAGACUGCCAUUGGGGACAGGGCAAGAGUACAGAAUCUCUACCUCCUGGGGAAGGGCGGUCAAGCAGACCGACUCCUGGGCUCAUCCAAAAGCCACACAGAAGCACAAUCUUGCUGUCAAAAAAUCUAUGCCCCCCCCCCCCAGGUUCGCACAAGUGGUUCCCAGAUGAUUUCCAAAUAUUUUGACCAAGUUGUUUUUUUUUCUUAUUCACCCUCGCAUCUUUUGUUCUGAGGGGAAAGAGAGCUGGACUUAUGAAGGGCUGGGAUUUGGGGAAAUGAGCACUGUGAGAACUUGGCAUAGACUGCUGAUGGGCACCUGGACUGGAGUAGAAUCCUGCACUCCUCUUCACGUUUUCCCAAGCAUACGGGAACGUACCGAGAUGAGUUCACAAAAAAAUGACCAUUUGCUAUUCCAAAUGAAACUUGGAUAAAAUAUGUACCUCGUGAAGGCAAGAGGAAGCAACGGGACUGCUGAAAUUCUUAACUUUGGCUAUGACAGGUUGUCAAAGUUACUGUAUUUUAAUGUUACAAUUAGGUUUUGGAAUGUUAUGAAUUCUCACUGAAUCAAUGGACCACAUAAACUACUUUAUUCUUUUAUUUGCAAUUAAACCUUUACGCAGCUAGGAAUUCUAACUGUUUAAAAAAUUAUAAUAGUAAACAGCAUGCCAUAAUAUUCAUGAUAGUAAACAGCGCCUCACUGUGAGCUCGCUGUGGACAGAGAAUGUGUCUGUUUGUUGUUGUACUGUACUCUCCCAAGUGCUUAGUACAGUGCUUUGCACACAGUAAUUGCUCAAUAAAAUGACUGAAUGAAUGAACAUAAACCUACAUCAUCACCUUCCUAGCAAAUAUUUCAUUCUUUAGAAAUAAUGAAUAAAUCUUGGAUUACUCCUUA